GCAAGUACUUAUAAUCAGUCUUGAAAAAUUCAAACAUCUAGCAAUGUCGUCAAGCAAACGCAGAUCAUCAUCCAGGCUACAGAGUAGUUCCUCGGAUGACUUUUCUCCGGUACCAGUAGCGGGAAAGAAGAAAGGCAAAACACCGAAUAAUAAGAGGCGAAAAGUCACGUCCCAGCGCCAAACAUCAAACAAACUAGUUGAUUUCAUCACUGAUUACAAUUUAGCGGUAAAUGAGCUUUUUCAGCUUGAAGAAUAUGGUUCGAUUGUCGAAUGGCAGCCUGAGGAUUUCGCCAGUUACCAAAAGGAGAAGCCUCAGUUGCUCGAGUACUUUUUAUCCGAGAAUAAGAUAGGUUUAUCGUGGCUCGAAAAUGAAGAAGAUAAUCUUAGCUUGGACGACUUGCCACUUCGUUUACAAAAGAAAAAGCUAGCGGAAAGGGAACAGAAAGUCCUUGAAAAAUAUCCUUUUCGAAACGAUGUCUUGGAGGAAGCUAGGGCGUCUGAAGAAUAUAUCAUACGUUUGGUAAGUAAUGUAGUUGAAGAACCUGUUGAACCAGCAGCGAAAGCAAAUAAUAUCAAGCCAGAGAAACUCAAGAAGAGUAAAGUCAAAAUAGAGAAGGGAGAUGUUUGGGAAAUCAAGCAAGAGGAAGAAAUAUUGACGGAAGUUGAGUAUCCAUCUGACUUGGACGAAGUCGAUACGCAUUAUAAGCUUAAGGAUGUGAAGUUCUCCAUUCCUCCUCCAAAGAUCACGCAUCCAUCUCAUAUACCUUUGUGGAAGCCGCCCAAAGGUGAUAACAUUGAAGAUGCAGAAGAUCAAGAGAUUAUAGAAUUCAAUCCUAUUCCCAUUGAAGUCAUCUCCACCAAGGGAAAGCUUAUAGUGGCUCCGGAGGUCGAGCAUAAGCUAAGAGAUUUCUUGGAAACCAAGGUCAAAACUGCUAUCAUUGAUGAAACCUUGAAUGUAGAUUACGGCAAUACCGCCGAAGAAUAUAACGCUGUACUUGAACAGCAAAAGAAACUCCUUAAAGUCAUCUACCGCAAAGUUACAGAGGAGAACAGCUUUGAGUUAAACGGUGAAAAAAUUGAAAAGAGAAAGUUGACUCUACCUCAAACUAAUUUCAGACAACUAGCUGACCCUUUUAGGUCUACUGGAUCUAUUAUUGCUAAAGCUCAGGGACCUACAAACACCACACACAUUGAUAACUUGCUCCUCCAAGGUGCUUCAUUUGCAAAGAUUCAUCAACUGGUAAGAAAACAACGUCAACUAAGAGUUAGAAAAAUAGCCACUAUGGUAGAUCAGCAUUUCAAAUGGAAGAGAGGAGAAAAGGAGAGAAUAGAGAGAGAAAGAGAACAAAACUUGAAGAAAAUUAGUCGGUUGGCUAUGCAGGCUGUUAAGAAGCGAUGGUCCCAAGCAGGCAAAGUAUACAAGUACUUACAAGAUCAGAAAGAAGAAGAGCUCAAGAAGAUUAAGGGUAGAGAACAUUUGAGUAACAUGUUGGAACAUUCCACCCAACUUCUUGAAGCACAAUUAAACAGACCCUCGCAAGCUAACACGGAUGACGAUAGUGACAAUGAUAGUGGAUCUGAUAGCAACGAUAAUGAGAAGGCUGACGAUACUAUGGACGACCAAUUAAGUGUGUCAGAACUUAGGGAGAAAUACGGUAAUAUGAGUGAAUUGUCUGCUGAGGACAUGACUAAUGCGUCAUCUGUUUCUGAAGAUGAAGAAGACACUAUUAGCAGCCAAGAUGGAAGUGACGAUGAUGACGAGUUAGGCGGAAGUGGACUUGCUGCUCUUUAUGGUGGUGUAUCCAAUGUCCAAAAAGAAGUUUCGGAAUCUCCAAUGCCUGAUUCUGAAUAUACACCUGAGCAAUUGGCUGUAAUCAAUGCAGCUGAGAAAGAAGAGAACGGCAACGGGAAAAUGGUCAUAUACUCAGACUCAGAUUCUUCUAUUCCAGAUGAAACAACUGAUGAUUCUGAACGUGAAUCGGAUGCAAUGAGUCAAGAUGAAGACGGCUCGUCUGAGGAAGAAGUUGAAGAAAAUGGUUUAGCUUCUCUUCUCACAAAUACAGAAAAUACCAGAGAUUCAGAUGAUGAAAGCGUCCUGGAAAGUGUAGGUGAGAACUCAGAUGACGACCGAUUAUCAAGUACAGAUGAAGAGGACGAGCCGAAGACACCAAAAUCAGAUCCUGAAACGUUUUCCAAGACGGAGAAAGAAGAACUACACGAAGAAAUUGUCAAUGGAUCUAAGGUAAGGGAUGUUCCUAUCCCAUCUUUGUUGCGUGGUAAUUUACGUCCUUAUCAAAAGCAAGGUCUUAAUUGGUUGGCUGGUUUGUACAGUAAUGACACCAAUGGUAUUUUAGCUGACGAAAUGGGUUUGGGUAAGACUAUUCAAACCAUAUCGUUAUUGUCACACUUAGCAACAGAGUACCAUAUCUGGGGUCCUCAUCUAAUCAUUGUUCCCACCUCUGUUAUGCUUAAUUGGGAGAUGGAAUUCAAGAAGUUUGCUCCCGGUUUCAAGGUGUUAACUUACUAUGGAUCACCCCAGCAAAGAGCUCAAAAGAGAAAAGGAUGGAACAAACCUGAUGCUUUCCAUGUGUGUAUUACCUCUUAUCAAUUGGUCGUCCAUGAUCAUCAAUCGUUCAAGAGAAGAAGAUGGAGAUAUAUGAUAUUGGACGAAGCUCAUAAUAUUAAGAACUUUAGAUCCAAUAGGUGGAAAGCGUUAUUGAACUUCAAUACUGAAAACAGAUUACUUUUGACUGGUACACCACUCCAAAAUAACUUGAUGGAAUUAUGGUCUCUUCUCUAUUUCUUGAUGCCUUCUUCCAAAGUCAAUCAAGCUAUGCCAGAUGGAUUUGCUAAUUUGGAAGACUUCCAAACCUGGUUCGGAAAACCAGUGGAUAGCAUUAUGGAAAAAGCCAAUGCUGCUACUGGGGAUAUUAUUGACGAAAAUCAAAGUACUGUUAAGGGAAUGGAUGAAGAAACCAGGAACACUGUAAAAAGAUUGCACCAAGUUUUGCGCCCCUAUAUCCUCAGACGGUUAAAAAAAGACGUUGAAAAACAAAUGCCCGGAAAAUAUGAACACAUUGUGUACUGUCGUUUAUCCCAAAGACAGCGUUUUCUUUAUGAUGAUUUUAUGUCUAGAGCUAAAACAAAGGAAACGUUAGCGUCUGGUAAUUUUCUUUCCAUCAUUAAUUGUUUGAUGCAGUUGCGUAAGGUCUGUAACCAUCCAGACUUGUUUGAAGUCAGACCUGUUGUCACCUCCUUUGCUGUUGAAAAGUCAGUUCCUGGGGAAUAUUUGAGUACUGAUACGGCUGUCAGGAAACUAAGUGAAGCUUCUGAUAUUUUCUCCAAGAUUUCAUACGAGGUGUUGAACCUCAAUAUCACAGCUAACGAGGACACCAACUAUUUUGUCUCUCAAAUAAUCAAUGAGUUAAGGUCAACAAACUCUAUUCGGAAACAAAUCCAGCAAUUAGAUGAUUUGAUUAACAUUAAAUCUGAGAUCGAAAACGAAGACAGUUGCUUGGACUAUUACACUGAGUUAAAAAGAGCUCAACAAAAGAGUUUGAAAGAGCAGUUGGAGCAGGCGGUGUAUUUAAAUGAAUUAAGAUGUUCAAGGAAUCCCAUUUACGGGGAAUCAUUGUUAGCAUUCUUGAAAGGCGCAACUGAUACUAAGAUUCCUGACGACUCAAUACUAUCAAAAAUGAUGAUAAACAUUGAACAAAGAGUUCAAGGUAUGAGCAAGGAAAUCGAAGAGUUUUCCGUACUAACUCCAAAGGUUGUUUCCUUAGAUAUGAAAGAACACUACUUUCCCCCUGAGGUUAGAGACAGAAUAUCUCAUGAAGUUGCUGAGAAUAGGUUGGAUAAUCCAUUCCACAAUUCUCAGAUGAAGCUUUCCAUUGCCUUUCCAGACAAAUCAUUAUUACAAUAUGAUUGUGGAAAGCUUCAGAUGCUUGACAAGUUGUUGCAACAACUUACUAGUGGAGGACACAGAGCCCUUAUUUUCACCCAGAUGACUAAAGUGUUAGAUAUCCUAGAGCAGUUCUUGAACAUUCAUGGAUACAGAUAUAUGAGACUUGAUGGUUCUACUAAGAUUGAAGACAGACAGCUUUUGACCGAGAAAUUCAACAGAGAUGAUAAAAUUCCUGUAUUCAUUUUGUCUUCAAGAUCUGGUGGUCUUGGUAUCAAUUUGACUGGUGCUGAUACAGUUAUAUUCUAUGAUUCUGAUUGGAAUCCUGCUAUGGACAAACAAUGUCAAGAUCGUUGUCACAGAAUUGGACAGCUGAGAGACGUGCAUAUUUAUCGAUUCGUUUCGGAACAUACUAUCGAAUCGAAUAUCUUGAAGAAAGCUAACCAAAAACGACAAUUGGAUAAUGUCGUUAUCCAAGAAGGUGAUUUCACCACCGAUUAUUUGGGUAAGUUUUCCGUUAGAGAUUUGGUCACAAACAGCGAGAUUGCAGCAGAAUUACCAGAGUUACCCGACAAGCCUCUUGCAGAUGGUAAUAUUGAGAGUGCGUUAAUGCAAGCUGAAGAUGAAGAUGAUAGGAAAGCUGCCAGUGCAGCUAUGCGGGAGACUGCUGUGGAUGAUGAAGAUUUCAAUGAAGAGAUACCAGGACCCGAUGCCGCCAAAAAAGAGGGAGCUGGAGAAGAUGUUGAUUUUGAUGAAGGUGUACGUCAUGUGGAUGAGUAUAUGCUACGGUUUAUCGCUAACGGGUAUUAUGAAUAGAGCGUACAUAUUGUAUAUAAAUGAUCAAUGGUCGUGCGCACGUGCCAAUUCUCGGAGGGCUCCAGAAAUUCUCAACUUUUGCGAUAAACGAAUUUCAACGAAGUCCCUUACGCAAAACCCCAUAGACAUGUCUUCAGGAAUUCAAGCCUUAUUAAGGACCGAAAAGGACGCCUCUGAAAUUGUCAACGAGGCUAGAAAGUACAGAACCACCAGAUUGAAGUCUGCCAAAGCUGAUGCCCAAAGCGAAAUUGAUGAAUACAAGAAACAAAAAGAAGCCGAAUUGAGCACCUACGACGCAGAACAUGAAGGAUUGAAUGAACAAGUCAACAAAGAAGCCGAUGCUCAGGUUGAUGCUGAAUUGAAGUCCAUCAAAUCCAAAUAUGCCGAGAAGAAGUCAGCUGUCGUUAAGUUGUUGGUAGAUGCCACCAUAAGUCCUAAACCUGAAGUUCACACUAAUGCACAAUAAGUAAUUGUAUCAGAUAUUUCAGUUCUAGGGUAUUUCUUUCCAUUGAUAUAUACGAUAAAAAUACACUUUUAUUUCUAAUUGGAUGCUAAUUCACCUAACCACCUUGAGCAAGUUUUUUUAUAGACUGAAUCACCGUCCAUAUUUUAUUGUCAUAACCUGCAGAAUUCAAUGCUCUCACAAACCCCCAUGCUUUCGUCCCAUCAGCAAUAGGGUAGUCUAAUGGAGGAGGAAUGGCCGUUGCCACACCCAACAUCCGGAAAAAUGGCUUAUCCAUAACCACGGAUUUGGUGACACACAAGCCAGUUAGUCCUUCUUCUCCACCAAAUUUCCCAUAUCCCGACUUUUUAAUACCACCAAAUGGUAACUGAGCCACGUAGAAAGUUGCAAAAUCAUUGAUAGCUACAUUUCCACUUUCAAGCCUGUCUGCCACUUGGCUGCACACACCAAAGUUACCUCCAAAUAUCGAGUUUCCUAACCCAUACUCUGUAGCAUUGGCCAAGUCAACAGCCGUAUCAAGAUCAGAAGCCUUUACCAUAGUCAAACAUGGACCAAAUACUUCUUCGCUAAAAAUCUUCAUGGUUUGAUCAACGUCAAUCAAUAAAGUUGGUUCGAAAUAAUGGCCCUGAGGGUAAUUUGGGUGUUGGUAUGGUUUUCCACCAUGUAUUAACUUGGCACCUUUGGAAACAGCAUCCUCUAUCAACUCCUGGAAUCUCUCAAACCGGUUAUCCGAUAUCAUAGCACCCAUGUCUAUUUCAUCCAAUUGGUCAAUGUCAGAUCCCAAUCUCAACUGCCCAACCCUUUUGGAAAGAAUUUCCACUAGGGUCUCAUAGGCUUUUGGCAAACAAAUCACCCGUUCAACUCCAAUACAAUUUUGGCCACCACUUUGGAAAGUGCCUCUCAUGAUAACAGAGGCCAAGGCGUUAAGGUCCUUCACAUCAUCAAGUACAACCACUGCAUCUUUUCCUCCCAACUCAACUACACAAGGAGUCAACUGCUUGGAGGCACUUUCAACUACCUUGUGAGCAACAGGCUUAGAUCCAAUGAAAGUAAUAUGAUCAAGUCCAGGGUGAGAAGUGAAGUGUUCAGCAUCUUCAGGGAAACAGCAGCACAACUGCACCAAAU